GCGGCGGCAACUCAAACGGAAGGCUCGACACUCGCACGUGGGCUCUCGUCGGUGUCGGUUGCGUUUUCCGGACGCGCUCACGGUCGUAAAAACCGAGCACCGUUCGCACCGCGUGGUGACUCUCUUAACCAAACUACUGGCCGAACGCGAACCAUCCUUGAUGUAAAAAAAAAAAAGUGCCUGCAAUUUUCGCGAGUACUUCUCUAAUCCGAGUCGAAUCGUCGUUUUUCCGAAAGUGCUUCGUGCUUCUGAUGUAUAGAUCGCCUUAAAUUCCACACGGACGGAAGAUCUCUCCUAACCUUGGUGUAUAUAAUACUGUUUGUGUUGCCAUCACACAUUUUUGGGAUUAUCACGGCAGUAGCGUAGUGCGACAGACGGACAUACACAGUGCGACAUAUACAAUAGGGAGCAUUCCGUGUUUAAAUGCUGCACGGCUUGUGGCGUUAUUAACGUUGACCGAGGUACCAAAGAACGUGUCAAGAUUGAGCAAGUCGUUGUCCCGUCCGGCGGUGAUCUCGCCAAAAUUUGGAGGAUGCUGAUGCCGGGUGCCACGGGUCUCGGUGUGGGCGCAGUUGGCGCCGUAGGCGCCGUGAGUGCCCCAGCGCCCGACGAGCUGGUGCAAGGAUUGGGGGCCCUCGCCGGUACUACGCCGCAGCAAAAGGACACGACAUGGACGAAACUGUUCGUCGGUGGCCUGCCCUAUCACACCACCGAUAAGAGUCUCAGGGAUCACUUCAACGUUUACGGAGAUAUCGAGGAGGCGGUCGUCAUCACGGACAGACAAACCGGCAAAAGCAGGGGUUACGGCUUCGUAAUUAUGGGAGAUAGACCGGCAGCGGAGAGGGCAUGCAAAGAUCCCAAUCCUAUUAUCGACGGUCGCAAAGCGAACGUCAACUUGGCUAUUCUCGGAGCUAAGCCCAGAGGUAACUUGCAAACGACAUUCCCGUUCGCUGCAGGCAUCCGGGCUGGUUACCCAACAGUUCUUCCCGGACAAUACGGGGUACCACCGAGCUACGUGUACCAGUCGCCCUACCUGGCGGCUGCGGCGCCAGGUGGUCUGGUACCGCUCCAGACGACGCAGUUGAGCCACGCAGCCGCCGUCGCCGCGGCAUCGCAGUUCUACGAGUACCAGAACGCGGCGGCAGCCGCCGCGACUUACCCGGGCACCUCGUACAACUUCGCCGAGGCGUAUCCGUACACCACCGCGGCCGCGGCUGGUACGUGUUUGAAUAGUGUCCAGAGCAAGGGUAGCAACUAUCCGAUACACCACCACCAACACCACCAACAGCAGCAACAGCAAAACGGACCCGGUGCGACGUUGGCGCAUCAGCAGCAACGGUUGGAGAAAGCUCUCCUACCGCAAUUUCUGCCGUCCGUGCUGCGUGAUUACGCUAACGCAGCCGCGGCGGGUUACGUGGGACCGUACACGUAUGCGACUCUGCCAGGUGCUGCAGGACUGCCGGCAGCGGCAGCGGCGGCGGCAACGGCAGCUGGAGCAGCUUUCCCGGGCUUACCGUAUCAGACAACACCUCAGGAGGCCAGAUUGCAAUAAAGCUUUAACAUUAGACCGCCGACGAGAUAGUUGCAGCUGAAGCCUUCUACGAGGCAGAAACGGGGCGACAGAGGAGCUGCACGAAACACACGAUCCCGCGAUUGUCGUCUUCGUGGGAUCAGCUCAUCAUCUUCCUCGUUAUUAGUUAUUUUUCGAGAUUUCUAUAUGUUCCUGAUCACGUCUCGCGAAUGUACGUAUAUCGGAAUACCGUUCGCGAGAGCCGCAAAGAGGCGAAGAGGAUGAGCUUCGACAGGCCUCCGUCGGAAUUGGCGACCCACAAUUUCUCGCUAACAAUUUCUUACUCUUCCCUUUUCGCCUCCUCCCUCCCGAUCUAAUCUCUUCCUCUCCCUUCUCCCAUAGAGCCGACACUGGCGCGCUCGACCAACAUAUCGCGGAACUUUAGAAAAGACGCAACGAUUAGAGUUACGAUUUUUAAUUAUUUAUAACGAGCUGACGCAAUCGCUCGUUCGGGAAAGUGAUCCUCGACAUGCGAAUGAUUCGGAACUCGAGAGCCGAAAAAGAGGCUUAUUGAAUGUAUUUUGAACUGUAUUCAAAAAGCUAUGUGCGCGCGAACGGCUUGUUAGCUUUCGAACCUAGCGCUAUUUUAAUAUUUGAUUUGCAUCUCAAAAUGUUACGACACAGGGCGAUGUAUUGAAAUGUAAUUGCACGUUACGAUUUUUACGUAACUUGAUAUUUAAAUUCAUCGAGCAUAUUAUAAUUCGUUGCUCCUAUACAUUUACGUCGGUGGUUCCUAAAUCAAACGAAUCAUUCGCGCGCAACGACUUCUGUAAAUCUUAACGGUGUCGUUCGAGAAACUUCUCGUUAGAGAAGAACACUCGUAUAACUAUGACACACGAUAAUAUAUCUUCGGCAAAGUUAACUGAAUGCGCUAAAAAUAUCGACGAAGAUUAAUGCGAGAAGUCCGUAAUAGUUUUUAGAAUCAGUUAUAUAGUUCAGAGAUGCGCGUUUUCGAUGAAAAUGUAUUUUAAAUUUUAGUUAAAUUUUAAGUAGACCCUAAAAACUUAAUGAUAAACAAAAUUUAGCGCUGUAAGUUGUUAAGUUAUAUUUUCAUGCGUUUUUCAAUGAAGAAAAAGAUCAUGUUUGUAAUAGAUCAACUUUUAAGAUGACGCUUAGGAAAGCGAGAGACGAAAUUUAUAACUCCUUGAUGAAUAAGAAUUUUCUAUCGAUUUAUGUAUGUGCAUAUGAUGUGUACAUACACAAAUAUAUAUAUAAAAUUAUAAUUAUUAUGUAAUUAUUAAUUUU